GUCAAUGAUUUGCUUAAUUUUCUUAAAAUGUCGUUUUUUACUUUUAUAUUUUAUUUUUCUCGUAAGUACAGAGGAGGCGACAAAAAAAGAUGACAACGAGGACUACAAAUUGAUGUCAAAAAAUGAAUUAUUACAAAAUUUUUAGAAUUUUUCUAAUAGUAAUUAACAGCAUCUUUGCGAUCAUUGCAAUAAUUUGUAUCAUUAUGAAUACCAUCUUUAUUUAUGACUUGAAGGAUGAAGACAGAAGCCAUCAUAUAUUACAUGUAAUGCUAAUCGUCUUUAUUUUCGGUUUUAUUGUGUCGAUAUUUGGAAUUUUGGGUCCAUGGCGCCGAAGUAGUUGCUUAACUUGGACUUAUGUUGUAAAUAUGGUAACGAUAAUACUAGUGACCGCUGUUACCUGGUUUGCCUUUGUAAUGAAUUUGGAUGAAAAGAGAUACUGCUUUCAACAGAUAAGUUAUGUAUGGAAGCGAUUAUUGAAGUGUGAAGACAAUCUAUUCGCGUAUCAAAUUAUGAACAAAUGUUGUGGAUAUGCUGGCGAACCAAAUUUCUUGGAGGAUCAAGAAGCAAUUUCUCAAAGUUGUUAUGAUCAUUUUAAUCACGAAAAUCAGGCUAAUGUGUUGAAUGAUGAUUGUUUGAAUGAUGUUGUUAACUAUUACAAGCGCACUAUGAAAUCACUUGCGAUUUUUUGUUUGUUAGCUUUCAUAAUUGAAGCACUUUGUUUGAUAGUUGCAGCGGCAUUGGCACUGGUCUAUGAAAGGAAGGGAGAUCGAGUUGCGCGUAGAGCACGACAUCAACGCCAGGAAAAUUGACAAAAUUCGAACUAUAGUAGAAAAUUAUGGUAUUACACAUAUAUUUUCGAAAAACAAUUAUAUUUCUUACAAAUAAAAUAUACAUAAGGAAAAAAUUUA